GCAAGCCCCACUUCCAGUUUCAGAAUGGCGACUGUGCGAAGUGUGGAAUCUUCAGGGCUUGGUCUGAUGGAGUGACGGAUGACUGUCACGUUCUGCCGCUCAAGAAGAUGGAGCGUCUCACGCUUUUCAUAGGUGCUGCCGCCGUGGUCACGUUGACUUUCAUUGCCUUGCAGAUUUUGCUUGCUCCCUUGAUCAUUGUUGAUGCGAAAUCAGAUGUGGCAGACCCAACACAAGCCGAAAGCAAGAAGAUUUUCAUGCUUGCUGUGCAAGGGCCGGUUGUUGAUCUACACAAAGGCAUGUCUCGCUUGGUGCACCAGUGGGUGCGUUAUCGGGCAAGGGGAACGGGGUUGAUAUGGCUAGACUAUGAGCAGAAGAAGUCCAAUGCAGUCAAAGUUCGAAGCACCGGAGACAAAAAGCUGUUGCUGAAAGACAUGAAUCCCCCUUUUGAUUGUGCUUCGUGCAAAGGUUCUUUGCACGCCGCUGAUUUCCUAAAGCUGCUCAGCCUGCUCGCUGCCUGCGUAUCAGUGACAGCUAUGCUACCUGCAAUCAUCAGAGUGGCAGUCAUCUCCGGAAACGGUGUGGGGCAUGUUUUCGUUACAGCAGUUUUUGUGACUCUUCCUUUGGUUGCUGUUGCUGCGUUGCUACAUUUUCCGGUGGCAUGGCUGAUCCAAUGGCUUUAUCGAACGACGCCAUUUUCACGAGCUCUGGAUGAAUACCGAAAGCAGAUCAAUUGCAAAGAAGAGACGGGGCCCGAUUCAGCCCAUCCUCGAAACCAUGGCUUGCAGGUCUUGAUUUUGCGCGGCUUGUGGAAGCACUUCGAGAGCUUCAUUCUGGAUCGCAAUAUGCACUUUGUGGUUGCCAACAUAGUCAGGCCAUUGACGCAAAGCAAACGAGUUUCCUUUGUAAGUCUUUGGGGUGGCAGGCAGCUGGAUUAUUUUGUGUCUCAUUGCUGGGGCGCCAACUUUUCGCACUUCGUGCGUUCCAUCCAGUGCCAUGCUCUGUCAAAAGAGGGCCCCAUUUCUUGGUUCGAUGCAGCGUAUUGGAUUUGUUCGUUUGCGAACAACCAGUGGAACAUCGGAGCCGAACUGGGAGAUGAUCCAAUGGGAAGUGCCUUUGCACGCGCAUUGACAUCGGGAAUAAAAGGAGUUGCGAUGGUCCUGGACGAGGAAGUGCAGCCUCUCACAAGAGUUUGGUGCUUAUUCGAAUUUUUCCUGUCCAACCGUGAGCGCUUGGAUUUGGUUUUCGUCACCAAUGCUGGUGUGGUGGGUGAUGAUCGCUGCAGCUCCUUCGACAUUGCGCUGGAGGUGGGUAAGAAGAUAAAGUCUCUGCAAGUUGCUACGUGCGAAGCAUCUUCCGAGAAAGACAAGAAAGACAUUUUUGAGUACAUCAUCUCCGAACUGGGAAGCCUUGAACGAAUGGAUGAGAAAAUUCGAAAACUCAUGGCUGAAAUGUUGAUGCGAAAUUUGGCCAAUGUGGAAAAAGCAACGGGAAGUCUUGUCGAUAGCCUGGGCCAGGGCAGCGCAACAGUAGAAACCCUGGACAAAGACCACCUUUAAUUAUUGUUGUUCUUCUAGAAUCCUCCGGACUCCAGAUUUUAAUAAUUCAGCAUUUUGACACUGAACAGUUCGAGGGGUGAGCAGAAAAGGAGGUGAGAUUCAUCCCUG